AUGUCACACACCGCCCCGCCAACAAUCAUAUCCCUCAAAACCAACUUUUUGAGUGCUCAAACCCGCGCGUUGUCGAACCUGUUGCAUCCGUCCCGCGCCUGGCAGACGACAAACGAGGAGUUACCGGACAAGGCUGUGAAUGACGUGAUGGCGAAGCUGAAUAACAGGGUGCUGCAGCACUGCAAACGGGUGUAUGCGCCACAGGCGACGAGGCAUGUUGCUGAGCAGAUUGAGGCGCUUUAUAUCUCCUCUUCUUACAAAAGUCUGGAGUUGGAGGGGGAUGGGGGGGAGGGGGAAGGGGUGAGGGAGGGGGAGGAUUUAGGUACGUACCUAUAUAAAAACAAGAUGAUGAGGGAAAGGAGUGGGUGCUGA